AAAAAGCGAACGCAAACAGCGAUAGAGAGAUGAAGUCGAAGAAAUGUGCACUCAGGCCAGUUGGGCAACGCUCAAUUGAUUCUACUUUCCUCUUCCGUGACUCCAAUCGGUCGAGUGAUUGUAAGAGAAACGUCGAAAUCAAAGCUCCCACUCAAAAGGGUUCGCAGCUUUCGUUCUCCGAUUUCCUUAACAAGAAGUUGCACAGAGGUUCUGUGCUACCCUCGUCGGUUCAGGUGAAAGAGGAGCCUUGUUCAUCUCAAUUAAGUGAUGAACAUUUAAUUAAGAGUAAUAUAAAGAAAGGAAGGGAAGCAGGGGCAAAGUUCUCAAUCGGUGAUGCUUUCGAUUUGUUCAAGAAUGUUAAAAACGAAAAAGAUGAUACGAGGAAUUCUUGUCCGACCGACAAGACUGAGGUUAUUGACAUCGAUGAAUUUAAGCAAGCACGAAAGAGAAGGAAUGUAUUCGAAGGUGAGAAUCAAGAAAAGCCAUGUUCGCGGAAGCGAUUAGCGGUUCUUGGAGAGGAUUCGAAACCAGUGCAAUGUUCGAGAAGGAAGGCUUUUGCCACUCAUGAGGAAACUAAACCUCUUUUCAAUCAUUAUGGGAAUGGGCGGGGUUGGUGGAGCGAAGAUAUGGAAGGCGUUGAUAACGAAGAAGUUGGGUGCACCAACUCGUGGGAAGGAGUGGGGUCCACCACACUUGGAGGAAUUGAGUGGCAUUAGUUCGACUCGGCUUUAGUGGCGACGAACUGAUUUCUCACUUUGCACGUUUCACUGUGUGUUUUCGUUUUUGUUUUUUCUGUUUGAAGAUAAAGAAGUUGAUUGAUGAUGUUCUUGAAUAGAUUUUGGAGGAACAAUAUUAGAAAGAAAAGAACUUUGUAAUUUUAAAUGCAAGGUGAAUUCUCUCAUAUUUGUUUGU